UGGAGAAAUGUGUUUGGAAGUUUCUUAUGUUUGGGGUCAAUGGCAGAAUUAAGAGGCCUUCUGUAGAAAUUCUCAGAAAUGAAGUAGAUGGGGCUAUUGAUAGUUUAAUCCAAAAUGGAAGUGGAAUGACUAUCAUCAGUUUACUGGAUAAAAUAUCUGGCAAGCACUUCAAAUUUUACCCAGUGGCAUAUGCUUUAGCAAAAUGUGCAAGAUGUGCUGACAGACAAGUUUCCAAGCAAGCUUACCUCCUGAUUCAUAAAGUUUGUAAAAUACCAUCUCAUUUAUUCCUUUUCCACUAUUACUGCAAACAUGCUGUAAAUCUCAGAGGCUGGCCUAGGUCUCAUAGAAAGGCUAUAGCAGCCUGGUACACUGAAAACAAAGAUUAUAAGGAAGAUAUGAUUCAGUUUGCAAGACAUGUGACAAAAUAUAAAUGUCGUUAUGGAAUCAGCCAAAGAAAAGUGAUAAAAUCAUGUCAUCCUAAGCCACCAAAUGAGAAAUUUGAUUUUAUUUUUCGAUACGCUACAAAGGGAUUGAAGAAAGCUAAUGAGAAAUACCCACCUCAGUCUUCAGCAGGCAACACUAAAGUGAUGUCAGAUAAAUGUGAAGAUUUUUUGAGAGACUAUGAGACAAUAAGAUCAGGACAUGUCCCAUUGGAUUGUGUGAUUGAUACAAUUAAGAAAUGGAGACUUACGUGGGAGCACAUCCCUCCAAGGUUUUUGAAAAAGGAAGAAAGAUGUGAAGAAUUUAAAGAGAGAUAUAAAGAAGAGUACAAAGAAAUCUGGAGAACCUUAUUGCUUCAUACACAAAUGCCAAUGACAGCAAUUGUGAGAAAUCUUGUGAAAAUGACUAGACUGGGUUUACUUAUACCUAACAGUAAGGAAGAAAAUAUGGUGUGUCAAAAAUUGAAUGAUCCCAUGAUUUUGGAACAGUCAAAUAUACACCCAUUUCAUGUACUUACAGCACUGGCUGCUUACAGAACAGGGCAGACGAAAAGAAAGGGAGAAGAUAUUAAGUGGGCAGUGAGUGAAGGGGUCGUGAAGGCUCUUUUCCAGUCUUUCUUGCACACACAGGCUCUGCCUCCUACAGACAAAAGAUUGCUAUUGGCCAUUGAUAGUGCAAUAGAGAUGAAUGAUUCGGUUGGAAGUUCAUGCCUUCCUAUAAAAGAAGCAGCAGCUGCCUUAGCAUUAGCAGUACAUCAAAAUUCCACCAGUUCUGAAACAGUCACAUUUGGAAAUGUGGCAGCUAAAUUUGAGUUUCAGCCACAUGACCAGAGUGUAUUUGACAUAGAAAGUGCCCUUGAAAGAAUUCACCAAAGGGCUGAAGAUAUUCAAAGAUCCAAUUUUAAUGCUCCUUUUCUCUUUGCCAGGCAGAAUAUUGAGACUUAUGAUGGAAUAGUCUUGCUGACAUCUUUAGUUGACACAGAGGAGGCAGCAACAAUUAGAAGAUCUUUCCAAGAAUACAAAGAACAAAGAAAUUGCAAUGUUAAAGCUGUAGUUAUUACAUAUUGUCACUCUGAGCAUGUUGGGACAGAGGAAGAUUCUGCCAUUUUGGAUGUUGAGGGAGCCGAUGCAUGUGCUGCAAAACAGAUCAUGAGGUUUAUCAGUGAUAAUAAAGAAGGUUUUGAAGAAAUUGAUAUUGACUUGAGAUAUUAAGAUUAUGGAACCAUUGUGUAAAAGCAUACCAAGUCUGCAGCAGUAUUGUGAAGGAGGGAAAGUUUUUGCAUAUCUGUUGCAUAUCUGCUCCUGUUAACAUCCAAUAUUAAGUGUAACAAAGCUCUAGUCUGCAACAGUAUUCUGAAGAUGUAUUUAUAUUUUAGUAUCUAGUGCUGCAUAUGUUGACAUCAGAUAUUUCUGAGAAUGAUAAUGGUGAGUCUGCAACAAUAGUGUGAAGGAGAUGAAAGGUUUUGAUUAUCUGGUGCUGUUGACAUCAAAUAUUAAGGUCAUGUUCAGUGUCACAAUUCUCUAAUAUGUAGCAGUUUCUGAAGUAGUCAUACUGUAGUCAUUACAGUUGUGCCUUUACUUAUAAUGCUAAAAAUAUAUAAAUUUAUGUACGUGCAUGUAAUACUUGUACACAGAAAGGAUCAAGGUACAUUGUAUGUAAUGUGUAAUCACUGGAAUGAAGGAGCCUUUGUUAUAUUUAGUCCAUGGAUUUUCUUUAUCGAUCCAGUUAGUGCCAUAUAAAUUAUACGCAUUAUGGUAAGUGCUCAUCAUCAUAUUGUGCCAGUAUUGCUGCAAAUCAUAUAUGUAAACAGUAUUCAUAUACUGUACAUUGUUUAAAUUUUUUUGCUUUAUUUUAGAUUUUCUACCUCAUUCAUAUAUAUGAGAGAAUGUUCCUCUUUGAUAUUUUCUUUUUCAACCCCACCCUUUCUUGCUAAAAUGUUAAAAAAAAGUUGAUAAAAUUUUGCACUUAUUUGACCUCUUUAAGAUAGAUCUAAUGAGAUCAAACUUCAAAACAAAUUUAAUUGCUGUACUUACCUUUCAAUAUUAUGACCCCAUAUCUGACUUUAAAAUGUGAUGAUCAUGAAAUGUAUAAAUGUGUCUAGGAUGAGCAAAAAAUGAGAAUUGAAAAAAAUACCCCAUUGCUUAGCAACCCCUUUAAAGUCAUCAUAUAUGCAGAACUGAUAUAGAAAAGUUCAUGUGAUUAAUGUAGUUCAGUAUAAUGCCCUUUUGUGAGUAUAUCCCAAUGUAAAUGUUUAGCUUGACCAUGUUGAAGAUUUAGAAGUGUCCAAAAAUUUGAUCAAAAUUUUGCACUUAUUUGACUUUUGACCUCUAUUUCCACUAGUAAUAUCAGUCUUGAGGUAUCUGAAUAGUAAUGUAAUAUCAUUUCAAGAAAUUCCCUACAAAAUGGUGUGCAUUAUGACAAGCUUUCUCUUUGGAUAAAAAAGUUAGAAAUUAAUUUAUAAUGAUAUGUCAAAAGAUCUCCAAAGUUGCUCAAAAUGCACUGGUAGAGAAAGGGUCUAUACUUCCAUUCAUCAUUCUGUGUUUGUAACACUUUAAUCUCCAUUAUCAGAAGAUUGUGUGUUCGAAUCACGGCCACGACUGACCUAAGUUGAUAUAAAAUAGGUAGCAUCUGUUCCUUCGGCACUUUGGAGUGAAAGUUGCUGGUCUUUCAGAUGAAACCUUAAAAACCGAGGCCCCAUGUCACGGUAGGCGAUGGCAUGAUAAAGAACCCUCACUGCUCAAUGGCCCUGAGUGCUGAGUGAAGGUCUAAAUUUGAAGCCCUUCACCAGUAUAUGGUGAGGUCUCAAUAUGAGUGAAAUAUUCUCGAACGGGACGCAAAACAACACACAAUCAAUCAAUCAAUUUCCUUGAUUUAUCUCUAAAUGUCAUUUAUAAGCUUUUGCAAUGAAACUUAUUUCAUAACUCCCUAUGACUCAAGAAGACUCUAUUGAUUUUGAGGUCAAAAAGUCAAUGGUCAAAUAUUUGCAAAAAUGAUUUCUAGAUAAAUUUACAUAUCUCUUAAAGCUUUUGCAAUAAAACUUAAAGUAAUGACUAUCAUAAGACCCAUAUUGAUUUUGAGGCCAAAGGUGAAAGGUCAUUGUCACAAGUUACAAGUCACAAGUUAAUACAUAUCUAUGGAUGAUAUGAAAUGGCAUCCUCACUCAGGGGCCCAGUGUCAACUCAUUGCCAUGGGACUCCUGACAAAUUUAAUUUCUUCAGGUUUUAUUUGGGGUUGCUACUCACAUUGAGAAGCACCAAUCAAAUUGAAGUAGACAGAUGAUAUAAGUAGAAGGAAAUCAGUUGACACCUAAAGUUACGCAUUGUUUAUCACCGAAAGGUUUAACGUGAUUGGUUGAUAGAUAAGAAAAACAUCAAGAUUCACAAUUUUCCUGAAAGACGUCGCUGCCGUAAGAUAUCGGAUGAAAUUUGUCAGGGUUCCCACGUCACCGAGUUGACACAGGACCCCUGACAUUGUGAGGAUGAUCGAUGAAAUGGUUGUGUGAUUCACUUCAAUGCUCAUCAUAGAUAAAACAUGACCUCUCUUGAUUUUGUAAAAGGUUCAAAGGUCAAGGUCACCAACAUAUAUUUUUACAAGUUAUUUAAGAAAUAAUUCCCACGUGUUAAGUAUGAAAGCCCUAGCACCAACUGUUCAAAAGUUAUGGCCAAGGUUAAAGUUGAGUAAAAUUUUUGCAAAACUGGGUCAAAUUCCAAGGUCAAAAGGUCAAAUAUGAUGGUUUCCAAAGAAAGGUCUUGUCACACGGAAUACACAUCUGAAAUAUGAAAGCCAUAGCUCCAACAAAUCAAAAGCUGUGGGCAAGGUUAAAGUUUUUGCGGACAAACAGACAGACGGACAGGGCAAAAAAAACUAUAUGCCCCCGAAUUUGCAAUUACGGGGGCAUAGAAACAAGUUUUUGUGUCACCUGCAGAGCAGAAAGGCACUUGGGUAUCACUUUACCCAACGUAUGUCUUGUACUUCCAUCUGUCUGACACAUAUUAUUUUAUGUCUUAUGAGCCAUAAGGGGUAUAGAUUUAAUAUAGUGCACAUAUAUAUUAGUUUGGCACUAUGGCUUUUAUAAGCCUUUUAUAAAAUAUGAAAGUUAUCCAUCUUGGUACCUUUGAAAUUGGCCUUUGACCUAAUCUUCUUUGCAAAUUAAAAUACUUCAAAUGGCUGAUUUAAAACUUGUUAAUUUUGAGAGGCAGAGGCGUAUAAUUAUGUUAAUGGGCUUAUGACACUGUACUUUGAAACUGAUUGUAUAAUAUACAAUAACCACACAAAUUGAAAUUUAAAUAUAUUAUGAAAAUUCAUAGGGAUCAGUAUACCAAAAUGGAGCGUACUUUAAAUAAAGUUGUAGACUGACAAUUGCAUUAAAGGCGGACUGAGUGAAUCUCUCUCUGGGGGAUUGUUGGGCGAUAAUUAUUUCUAAUAAUUUUGAUUUCAUUAUUCAUUUUAGCUUUGAGGGAUGGGAAAUCAUAUUUUUAUUGCAUUGUCACAUUUCAUAAAAUAAUUGCCAUUCUAUCAAAGUCUCUCUAUCCUUGGAUGUUUUUUUUUUAAAUUGUAGUAGGAAAUAAAUAGCUGCAUGACCAGUAAUUAUUUUAUUUAUGUCUUUCAUGAUGCUAUAAAGCAGGCAACACAUGCAUUCCUUGGAACACUCUUGUUAUUAUAGGCAUAUAUUACCCCGGUAUAUUAUUUUCUUUUUUAUUUGCUGAAAAAAUGAUUGAAACAGAUAUUUACCCAGACUCAUGUGAUUAUAUACCAUUUGUCUUUCAUAAAUUGUCAUGCUAAUUGCUUCAACAGUUAUGUAAUAUACAUUGUUUAAUAAAAUCUUUUCUUUCUCCGAA